UCUUCUCGCUCCUCUUACUCUCGUACGUUUUUUAUUUUUAUUUUUUAUUUUUUUUUUCAUUUCUCUUUCUAGCCCCAUGAAAGCGAAAUCGAACUGCGCGAAACAAAAAUAUUAACGAGUCUAAGAAAACGGAUCCCAAACAAUAACUGAACCCUAACCCUAGAAAACGGGGCUUAUCCUCUUCUUCAAUUCUCCUUCAAUCCGAAACCGAAUACGACUUCGAUUAGGUUUCUCACUUUCUCUCCACUGCUACAGGAUUUUACGAUAGGGUUUUCAAUUUUUAUAAUGGAAUGCUUUCGUUCAUUUGUACCUUGUUGUUGCCGGCGAUGACCGGGGAACGAUGUUACCGGCGAAAGAACAUGGCGGGGGAAGAAGGUUCUACCGCCGUCGUCGAGGAGAGGACAUAUCCGGCAUAUUUUCCGGCGGACCGAUCGGAACUUCCACACGAGUCCGCCGCGGUCAAGAUGGAUUACUUCACGCAGGCGAGGAAAGCGCUUAGCGAACGCUCUCCUCAUGAUGCCGCCGAGGAAACUUCGACUUCUGCUGUGGUUACUCUGCCGAGUGGGUUGGCAAGUUUGUUAAACCGCAACGGUGAUAACCGGAAGCGCAACAAGAAGUCCCAUGCCGGUGGCGGUGAUAAGAAGAAAAAGAAAUCGUCUAGAGCGAGUGAUAAGUUGCGCUGUUCCAACGUUUGGGUUGAAACGGAGGAGUAUUUCAGGGACUUAACUUUGUCUGAUAUUGAUACCUUGUUCGAGGUUACUUCUUCUGAUAGUUUAGCUUCUCGUGAGUGUUUUACUAUUCCGCAUUUGGGAAAUGCUCGUAGGUUGAAUGUAGUCAUUAAUAGUGAGGAUGAGAAGAAGGUUGAUCCAAUGUUAAAUAUAGUUAGUAGUGAGAAUGGGGACAAGGCUGUUGAAGAUGCUAACAAUGAGAACGGUUCAUUGGUAAUUGAGUUAAUUGACGUUGCUGCAUUGGAAAGAGCUUUGCCUCAGGAUGACAAUAAUUGUAAUGCUUAUGAUGAUUCUUGUGUUAGUUUAGAGUGGUUUUUAGGUUGUAGGGAUAAAAUUUCGUUAACUUCCGAGCGUCCAUCCAAGAAAAGAAAGCUUUUGGGUGGCGAUGCUGGGUUGGAGAAAGUUUUAAUGACUAUUCCUUGUGAUGGGGACCAACUUUAUUGUCAUUAUUGUGGCAGGGGAGACUCUGGCAGAGAUUCCAAUCAGUUAAUAGUCUGUGCAUCUUGUAAAGUCGCAGUUCAUCGGAAGUGCUAUGGUAUACAAGGUGAUGUAGAUGAGUCUUGGUUGUGCUCUUGGUGUGAGCAAAAGGGUGAUGUUGAUGACUCGGCAAGUCCUUGUGUUCUUUGCUCGAAGAAGGGUGGCGCUUUAAAACCAGUUAAUAGUGUUGUUGAAAGUGUUGGGUCUGUCCAGUUUGUGCACCUGUAUUGUUCUCUGUGGAUGCCGGAGGUUUAUAUUGAUGAUUUGAAGAAGAUGGAGCCUGUUAUGAACGUGGGAGGCAUCAAGGAAACCCGAAGAAAAUUGAUCUGUAAUGUUUGCAAAUUGAAAUGUGGUGCAUGUCUUCGGUGUAGUCAUGGAUCCUGCAGAACUUCUUUCCACCCUUUAUGUGCUAGGGAAGCUAGACAUAGAAUGGAGGUUUGGGCAAAGUACGGUAAUGAUAAUAUUGAAUUGCGGGCUUUUUGCUUGAAACACUCAGAUCUACAGGGAAGCAGAAACAUCUUGCCAUUGGGAGGCUCUAUUGCAGUUGGCAGUGAAUUUUCAGAAGCUAACGACCUUCCAGUGACACUGCCAGUGAAAAGUGAACACAAUGUUAAAAUUGGUUGCAGCAACGGAGGAGGGUUGGAGUCUGAUAGUAAUCCAGACAAGUUGAACCAUAAUGAUGAACCUCCCGAAGGAGGAUUGUCUGUCUGUAGGAUUAAUGCUCACAAUAUGUUGGGAUGUGGUGCUGCCCCACCACAUAAUAUUGGAGGGGCUGUGAGAACCAUCGACAAUGUUGAUGCCUCUGAUUCCCCCAGUUUUGCACUUGUUUUGAAGAAGUUGAUAGAUCGGGGGAAAGUUGAUGUAAAAGAUGUGGCAUUGGAGAUUGGCAUUUCACCAGAUACACUAACUGCGAAUAUCAAUGAAGACUAUAUGGCCCCUGAUGUGCAACACAAAAUAGUCAAUUGGCUAAAAGCCCAUGUGUAUACUGGUGCAUUUCAUAAAAGCCUAAAAGCCAAAUUCAAACCGGCCAAUGUAUCUAUGGAUGAAAGCGGAGCUUCAGAUGGUUCUGAUACUUUACCAAUAUCUGAUUCAGGCUUGUUGGAUCCUGUUGCUGUUAAUGUUAAAUCUGUACCACCAAGGAGAAGAACUAUCAAUAACAUUAGGAUUUUGAAGGACAAUAAAGUGAUAUGCUCAUCGGAGGGGGUUACUAUUGAGAAUGGGUUGUCAAUUGACAAAUUCCCAGUUUGUCAGCCUGAGUGUGAAAAUCCAGGAAGUUCUGACAAAGCAUCAAUUCCUGAUGCCACUGAAACGAAUAUAAUCAAGUCUGAAGAUAUAUUUCAUGAGAAUCAAGGCAAUGCUGACGAACUCUACAAAUCCAGCUUAUCUGUUUGCGUAUCAGAACAGAAGCCUAUUGCUUGUUUGCAGAAUGCGUCUAUGCUUUCUGAUCAGCACUAUACAGCUCAUUCUGCUUCAGAAACACCCAUUUCUGGUUUCAUAAAAAUGGAUGCAAUCUCAAGUUACAUUCACCCAUACAUUGACAAGAAAUUGAUGCAGAUUCGUGAUGGUUUGCCCAUGGGGGAUAUUUUAGCAGGUUCAAGUGGCUACAUAAAUUCUUUGGUUGACUCCUCUGGGACUAGUGGCUGCUCCAGUAGCGAAAAUCAGCAAUUAAUUUGCACUGACGUUGCCAUGCCUGAUCUAGCAAAGAUGGAGCAGUUGGUUCGAGAUGAAAACAUGCGACUUAUGGAAUUUUAUUCAGAAGACGAGUUGGAAGGGGAACUUAUACAUUUUCAGUAUAGAUUACUGCAGAAAGCAGUUGCAAAGAAGAGGCUUACUGAAAACUUGGUCCACAAUGUUGCCGAGAGUUUGCCUCAGGAGAUUGAUAAAACACAUCAACAAAGAUGGGAUGCUGUGAUUGUUAAUCAAUAUUUGCGUGAUCUUAAGGAGGCAAAAAAACAGGGUAGAAAAGAAAAAAAGAACAAGGAAGCGCAGGCAGUGUUGGCGGCUGCAACUGCUGCAGCAGCAGCAUCUUCUAGGGUUUCUUCUUUCCGAAAAGACACCAUAGAUGAAUCUGUGCAACAGGAGAAUUCAUUGAAGCUAAAUGCUUUAAGUGGGCGGACUGGGGGAUGUUCUCAGCCAAUGCCACGAGCCAAAGAGACUCUUUCGAGAGUUGCUGUCACUAGAGCUUCAUCAGAGAAAUAUUCGGAUUUCUGUCUGCCAAGCUCAGAUUUUUCUAAGGAGCAACGUAAAUCAUGUGAUAUCUGCCGUCGGUUUGAGAAUAUGUUAAAUCCUAUCCUAGUCUGCUCUGGUUGCAAGGUUGCAGUGCACUCAGUUUGCUAUCGUAGUGUGAAAGAAACAACAGGUCCAUGGUACUGUGAAUUAUGUGAAGAUCUAUUGUCCAGAAGUUGUGGGGCAUCUGCUAUAAAUAGCUGGGAGAAGCCUUAUGUCGUUGCCGAAUGUGCUCUCUGCGGUGGUACAACUGGUGCUUUUAGGAAGUCAUCUAAUGGUCAAUGGGUUCAUGCCUUCUGUGCUGAGUGGCUUUUGGAGUCUACAUUUAGAAGAGGGCAGAUAAAUACUAUCGAAGGAAUGGAGGCUGUGCCAAAAGGAGUUGAUGUUUGUUGCAUCUGCCACCACAAGCAUGGUGUAUGUAUGAAGUGUUGCUAUGGCCAUUGCCUGACCACAUUCCAUCCAUCCUGUGCUAGAAGUGCUGGUUUGUUCAUGGUUGUGAGGACUGUUGGGGGCAAGAUUCAACACAAGGCUUACUGUGAAAAGCAUAGUUCGGAGCAGAGAGCAAAGGCUGAAACACAAAAACAUGGAGUUGAAGAGUUAAAAAGUAUCAAGCAAAUUAGGGUGGAACUUGAGAGAUUACGUCUCCUCUGUGAAAGAAUUGUCAAGCGGGAAAAAAUAAAGCGGGAGUUGGUUCUAUGCUCACAUGACAUACUUGCCUUUAAAAGAGAUCAUGUUGCUAGGUCUGUGCUUGUUCACAGUCCUUUUGUCCUUCCUGAUGGUAGUUCAGAAUCAGCUACAACAUCCCUUAAAGUGACCACUGAGGGAUACAGAUCAUGCAGUGAAGCGGUCCAAAGAUCAGAUGAUGUAACUGUGGAUAGCUCAGUUUCUGCUGAGCACCGUGUUAAAGUUGCCGUAUCCAUGGACACAGACCCAAAAUUGGAUGAUGACUGCUCAACCUCCCAAAGUCACUAUAACCACAAGAUUCCAGAGAAGAUGCAAUUUUCUGGCAAACAGAUUCCUCGUAGAGCUUCUGCUACGUCGCACAAUAUCUCCGAGGAGGGUGGAUGGAGAUCCAAACCUCGAAAGUUACAGACUACUGAACCAUUUGGAAAAGAGCUUGUUAUGACGUCAGAUGAAGCAUCUAUGAAGAAUUCAAUGCUACCUAAAGGAUAUGCAUAUGUUCCCGCGGAUUGCUUGUCAAAUGACAAGCAGUCUAACGAGGAUAUAUAUGCUAGUGGACCAGGGGAACCUGAUGGGUAGUGUAUUGUAUCCCAACCUGGUUUUUUCUUUUCGCCCACGAGGCUGACAUCCACAAUAUACGAUGCCAUGCCAUUUUGCACGUGGAAUUGUAUUUUAGUAUGGCAAAAUGUAGGAACAGGGCUCUGGUCACUGUAUUGUUGCAGAACGUUGCAUUCUGCUCUGACGAGGGGAAGUUUUGUUAACGUUGUUGUACAUUCGUUGUGAGUGUAAGCUGUACAGUGGAUGAGCAUUUCUUGCAUUUACUUGUAUUUGGAAGGGCGUGCAUUCCGUUUAUGGACACUCGUGUGAGGGAACAGAAGCAUUCCCUCUUGUAAAACAUAUACAAGGGAAUAUCAGGAAACCACCUGUUUUUAUGUAAAGUUGAUGUACAUAUUUUUACAGUCGCAUUAAUUCUGAUAGGGCUCGUGCUUGGCAUCAGAUUGUACCGAGCAUAUAAAUUAUGUAACCUUGAACCUCUUUUUUUUCUUCUUUCUUAUACUGCAUUCUAAUUGAGUUUAAUUAAUGCUGAUUUUCUUUUGUAAUCAUUGACUGCUACAUUUCACUAUAUUUUAAUGUAGAAUACAACCAUAAGCAUUUGAGCUCGUUUCGUAGCUCAACCUUUGGCAUUAA